AUGAGUGGCAAACUUGGAACCCAUGAUGCCAGCCACGCUCCUAUUCCAGGCACGGUACAUCUAGUGGACCUGGAAGGCACCGUCAAUGCGAAACAUGGUAAAGGCGCAAGAAGAGAUAUUGUACUUGUCCCAGCUCCAUCGUCAGACCCAGAUGACCCACUCAACUGGUCGCCCAGCCGCAAGGCACUCUCAACGACAUGUAUGUGUGUUUACACGCUCAUGGUUGGUAUCGCCAGCGCUGCAAUUUACUCGGUGUUGGUACCCAUCUCGGAAGCGACGGGCUUUACGCUGGGUGAUCUCAACGCUGGAACGGGCUACAUGUUCCUAGCCUUUGGUUGGGGAUGCUUGUUCUGGCAGCCGCUCGCGUUGCAGUAUGGCAAACGGCCGGUCUAUCUUCUGAGCAUCAUUGCGACCAUGGCCAUCCAAGUCUGGGCGCCGUACACCAAGAGCAACGGCCAAUGGAUCGCCAACAAGGUGCUUCAAGGUUUCUUCGGCGCCCCCAUUGAGUCGCUUUGCGAGAUCUCGGUGACAGACAUCUACUUCCAGCAUGAACGAGGCACCUACAUCGCGCUGUACGCGUUGCUUCUGGCUGGCAGCAACUUCUUUGCUCCCAUCAUUGCAGGCUUUAUCGCCGACGGUCAGGGGUGGCAAUGGGUACUUUACUGGUGCGCAAUUUUUUGUGCGAUUGGUUUUGUCUUCUUGUUCUUCUUGAUGGAGGAGACGAAUUACAGCCGGACUAUCAUCAUUGGGCAUGAGAACGAACCUGACAUGGCGGUCGCUGUAUCAACCGAAGACAAUGAAAUCUCGGAGAAGGCUCCUGCCAGCCCCGAUGUCGAGCCUGAAGAGACAGGUCUCGAAACAUCUUUCCAGCGCAAGACCUACUGGGACAAAGUGAAGCUGUGGCGCACUGCGGAUCUCCGCAAGCCAAACCAUCUCGCUGGAAUGGUCGCUCGUCCUCUCAUCUUCCUGACGUUCCCAGUAAUCGCAUACGCCGGCUUCUCAUAUGGCAGCAAUCUCGUCUGGUUCAACGUGCUCAACGGCACCGCUUCUCUUAUCCUCGGCGGACCACCUUAUAACUUCCCUGCAUGGGCUGUUGGCACGGCGUAUGUCUCGCCACUGAUCGGCGUCGCAAUAGGCAGUGCGUACACAGGAUACAUUGGCGACCGCAUCGUGCUCGGCAUGGCUAGACGAAACAAGGGUGUCUUGGAGCCCGAACAUCGCUUGUGGCUUUUCUUGCCGUCACUGCUGCUGGUGCCCUUCGGACUGCUGCUAUGGGGAGUUGGCGCCGCGCAUGCUGUCCAUUGGUUCGGCUGCGUCUUUGCCAUGGGCGUGAUCGCCCUCACCAACACCAUCGGAUUGCAGCUUUCGGUAUCUUACUGCAUCGAUAGUUACAAGGACCUUUCUGGGGAGGCUAUGGUGACGGUCAUAUUGGUUCGCAACACCAUGAGUUUUGCGAUCGGGUAUGGGUUAACGCCCUGGGUCACCAACAUGGGCCUGCAGAAUGCCUUCAUCGUCGCAGCCUUUGCUGGCAUGGCGCAGUGCGCAACAUUCUUUCUCUUCGUCCGUUACGGCAAGACGCUAAGGAAGGGUAGUGCGCCGCGAUAUGCCAAGUACGUUGAGAAGAUGGCGAGUAGUGGAGUGAUCCACUAA